AGUUGGCAGGAUCCCUGCCCGGAUUCUGUGAGUCCUUAGAUUGAGUCAAUAGGUUUGUCAGUCAGGAGUUAGAGUCUACGUGGUGAGGUUUGGAACCAUCAAUCCGGUUGUGCACUUGUCACCAUGGUUGAGACCCGUAGUGGGACGAGCACUAGCCCCUACACUCAGGAGCAACAGGAGAAGAUGGCUGCCUUAGUGAGAGAGAAUAAGGAGAGGAAAGAGCUCCUGAAACAGGCUAAGCUAAAGGCAAUCGCAGAGGAGCAGGCAGCCAAGAUGAAGGAAUUGGAGGAGGAGAUGGAGAAGAAGAAGAAGGCUGCUAAAGAAGAAGCGGCAGCAGAGGCAGAGGAGGAGAGGAAACGUAGAGAGGGAAAGGCGGAGAGCAGUGGCACGAAGGAGGAGGAAGCAAAAAUAGAGAAGAAGAUCAGUGAGUGGAUCGCUAACUUAUCGUUGGGGGAAGAUGAGGAGGCACAGUUCUAUGUGCCACAAGAUGAGAGGGAUGCAUUAGCCGGUGAGCUAGCAGCAAUCGAGGCCCUCUGGAACGACAAGAAGUGGAGGAGGAGAAAAAGUUGGAGUGGAAACUGAGGAUGAAGAGGGAAAAUAAGAGAAGGAGGGAUGAAGUUAAUAGGUUGACCGCA